AUGAGCCCGCCCAAUGAAACGCUGAAAACAACGCAUUUAUGUUUCAUUGGUGCUUGUGGACACGAGCUGGCGGGGUGGAGCCAAUGUACGAUCCACUCCCAGGCUGCCGAGUCAAACCUGCGGAAAUCGCUGACUUUUCGAACAAGUAACAUGAGCGCCUGUCGCUGUCGGGAAUUUUACUCUUUCGUCUCCCUUUCGUUUCUUCCUCUUUGCGUUUUAUACAUCACUCUUUCUUUCCUUCUCAAUUCUUAUCGUCUCUCUCUCUUUCUCUCUCUCUUUCUCUCUCUCUUUCUCUCUGUGUCUUCUUCCUUGUUCAUUCUCAUCGUUUCUUUCUUUGUUUUUUUUCCUUUUUCUUUUCUUUUCUUGCAUUUUACUCUUUCGUCUCCCUUUCGCUUCUUCCUCUUUCUUUCCUUCUCAAUUCUUAUCGUCUCUCUCUCUUUUUUUCUCUCUCUCUCUCUUUCUCUCUCUUUUUUCUUUCUCUCUCUUUCUCUCUCUCUUUCUCUCUUCUUUGUUAAUUCUCAGCGUUUCUUUCUUUGUUUUUUUCUUCUUUUUCUUUUCUUUUCUUUUCUUGCGUCGCGGGAAAUAAAUUCUACGUUAUUAUUCUCUCUCUCUCUCUCUCUCUCUCUCUCUCUCUCUCUCUCUCUCUCUCUCUCUCUUUCACAGACUUUGUUAAUCGUCGAUAAAGAAAGAAAUUCCUCCACUGACACAGAUUUCUCAACUUUACAAAGAAAAAGAACGCAACAUUUUCAAUUUACUAGCAUAAACUCGUUAGCAGUUUUCUCAGUAACUUCUCAUUCCUAUUUUGCCAGACACUCGGGUUCGAGAUCGGUCUAUUCUUAUCUAUCUAUCUAUCUAUUAGAUGACAUAUUCUUCCAUAUAAUGUCUGCGGAUGCACUUAGUUCGACCUUAAUAUUUUUAAUCACUCAACGAAUAAACUGUUUGUCGUUCUUAUCAGUCGGGUCACUUACUGAGGGCGGUGUGUUGGCAAGUAAUGCUUCCCGGAUGCUUGGCCGGUUGCGCGAUUUGAUUCGGUUACAGCACUAUCACAAUUUAUUCAUUAUCUAUCUAUCUAUCUAUCUAUCUAUCUAUCUAUCUAUCUAUUAUAUACCUCUAUUUAUUAUCUAUCUUUUUUCUUCAUAUCUAUCUAUUUAUCUAUCUAUCUAUCUGUCUGUCUGUCUGUCUAUCUAUUAUAUACCGUACCUAUGA